UUAGUGGACGUAGGUGUGAAGACUAACAUUAGAUGUUAUAUUUAGUAAUAUAAUUUAUUGGAGCCGCCUUGAAAUGUGGGAAUGUUUAAUAAAAGUCGUGUCGAAAAUAAAUGCAAAUACGCAUUUUAGAGAGACACAGCUUCACUUCUCUAUUCGAACGGGUCAAUUGGAAACUGUCAAAGCAAUUGCAAACGAUCCGACAAACGAGUAUCAAUCGAACGCUUUCGCUAAAAAAUUAGCCGUCUACAUUGCUGUUGAAAGUGACAACGAUGAGAUAUUAGAAAUUCUUUUAAAAGCAGGUUAUCCUGUUGAUAGUUUGUUCGAAAUUACAAGUCCCCUUCACCUUGCAGCAACAUUCGAGCACACGAGAUUAGUGAAGCUUCUCCUAAAAGCUGGAGCUGACGUUAAUUUACAAACUGAGCACGGUCUCACUCCUUUACACUUCGCAGCAACUGCAGCGCAGCCAGCUGUAGUUAAGUUUCUCCUAGAAAAUGGUGCUGAUCCUUCGAAAACCUGUAAAUACAGAGGGUCACCACUAUCAAUGUCUUUCAACAUGUUUUCACGCUUAUUUCGUGGAAGGAGUAUUUCUGCUUUAACGUUUGAAAAAUUGGUAAAAGUAACAGAAAUUUUGAUUCCACGUUUGAAAAGUAAACAAUCUGAGGAGUUAUUUUCCGAUGCAGUUCAAAUAAGAGUGUCAACUAGUAAUAAAAAAAAUUAUUCAAAUUUGGAGUCAGAUGUGCUAAUCUUAGACGAUGAUAAUUUUGAAUUUCGGCCUCAAAUCGUUAGAUGCAUAUUUAAUUAUCUAAGUGAUGAAAAAAUUAAACGUCUUUCUGAGGAAGAAUUCAAUAGUGACUGUCCAUCAGGUCAUACACCAGAAUCGCUACAACUUUUGAUGGAAUAUAAUGACUCGAAAUCCUGUUUCGAUAUAGAAAUAAACGAUUACGAUGUAAAUUACAAGAGCAAAUUGCUUUUGAUAGGUUACUCUAAGAACAUUGCUGAUCUUUUGAGUAUUAAUGCGGAUUUUUUUUCGUCUAAUUUUGAUGAUGAAGAUAACAAAGAGGAUAUAACGGAUUGUUUUAAGUUGGUAGUAGCGCGAUUAAUAUUGUUGACCGAAGACUGUCAUCCAGGUGUGAUAGAAUUUUGUCAAAAGAACAAUCUCACUGAUUGGAGAGUAGAAUGUAUAAGGCAGAGAGAUAUUAUGCGAAAGACAAAAAUUGAUAUUGAUUUAAACGUCACUUUCUACGAUGUCUUAACCCGACCAGUUAAUAAACUGGCCAUGUACGCAAACAACAAGAAUUUUGUGAAGACAGUUGAUUAUUCUCAAGCAGAAUUUCCAGCGUAUGCUGAGUUUAUAAAAGCAAAUGUCGAACUGGCAGAAACUAGAAAAACAUUUAUAACCGAAUGUGUUUGUUUAAUGUUUAGUGUGAUUAAACAAAAUCAUAAAAUCCAAAUUUCAAAUGCUGAUAUUUAUCCAAUUUUUCAGUAUCUUUCAGUUGUAGAUUUGCGAAGAUUUUCAACAGCUUGUUCCUAAAAUGUAAAUAAUCCUGA